CCUCCAGGUGGAUAUUGAUGGUCACCCGUACCCAGUGAAGUACCAGGAGAGUAUACUGAAGCACUUAAGAACAGGUACUAACGCCCACUCACUAUCAGCUGAUAGACCCACUGAUGAUACUGAGGACUAUGAUGAAUAUAUGAGGAAACACUUUGCACAGUUUGAUAAAGAACGGAAAACCUUUCAAGAGAGGAACAGGAGAUCAACCCAACCCAUUGCCAUGCCCACCGAGAGUGACGUAACACCUUCCUUAUUAGGAGUUGUGGCUCCACCCACUAACACAAGUACUAACGAUACGGCACAAGAUAACAGUGCUCCUGAUGAAGUGGUUGAUAUUAUUGAAGGAGAUGGUGGAGAUCAGAACAUUCAGAACAUGCUCUCGUCCAUUGUCUAUUCACUGGGGCUGGACGAGAGUGAGACACUGGUUGCCAUUAGCAACUGGCACAAGAGGCACAUUCUACCAACAAUUGACUCUGCAACCAUCAGUUCAGAGCAGGCCAGGUUGUAUGAGUUACGGUCACUGGAGAAUGAAUGGAUAGAAACUGAAUCAAAUAAAAUAAUACAAUUACCAACACCAGUUCCUUCCCCUCCGACUCCAGAGGGUCGGUCAUUGAGAAGUGGUCGUACAAUAGACACUAGGGAGUUCAGUGGAUAUUAUGAAUAUGAGGAGGGGGAGAGGGGAGGGGCCAGUCCUCCUGUCCAUGAGGGGGAUAGUGACAGUGACGCUCUCAUUGAUGAGGGGUGGGACACUGGGAGGUAACCAUUAGGAUUAUUAAUUGAAUUAAUUAAUU